ACUACAAAACCAUCCAUGCCCCUCCCCUUUUCAAUUUCGCACUCUCUCUCUCCCUCCUCCCUCCCUCUCUCUCUAAACCCAUUUUCUCUGAGCAAAAAAGUUUAAGCCUUUCUUCUUGUCAUGAUUGAUCAGCAACAUCCCGCCAUCCCAGAAAUUAAUACCACAAACCCCACCACGCCAAUCCUGGGAGGUACUGCGGCAGCUGGAGGGGUCAAAGAUGAAGAUGAUGAUGGGUUGAAUAAUGGGGAGGAAGAGAACAAGUGGCCGCCAUGGCUGAGGCCGCUUCUGCAAACUAGCUUCUUCGUUCAAUGCAAAGUCCACGCCGAUUCGCACAAGAGUGAAUGCAAUAUGUAUUGCUUGGACUGUAUGAAUGGAGCCCUCUGCUCUGCUUGCUUGGCUUCUCACAAAGACCACAGAGCUAUUCAGAUAAGGAGGUCUUCAUACCAUGACGUGAUUAGAGUGUCUGAGAUUCAGAAAUUUCUGGACAUAACAGGGGUCCAGACUUACAUUAUAAACAGUGCCAAGAUUGUGUUCUUGAAUGAAAGGCCUCAGCCUAGGCCUGGCAAGGGCGUCACCAAUACCUGCCAGGUCUGUGAACGCAGCCUCCUUGAUUCCUUCAGCUUCUGCUCUCUUGGAUGCAAGGUUGUUGGAACGUCCAAGAAGUUCAGGAAGAGGAAAAUGUUGGCUGAGCAAGAGGGUUCUGAUCGUGAAGAAUCAAUGAAUGGGCAUAGCAAUGGAAGAACCAGGAGUAGAAUCCAGAGCUUCACGCCAUCGACUCCACCACCGACGGCGAUGAACUACCGAGCUGCCAAGAGAAGGAAGGGAAUUCCUCACAGGGCCCCAUUUGGAGCAGGACUGAUCAUACAAUACUGAUACUAUAGUUGUUUUCAAUCACUUGCCAACCAAUAUAUAUACUCCGAAACAGCACAUACAGCAGAUUCUGCCACUUCCUUAAAGUGACAAAUCUCAGUGAAAAAAAUUGCUCUAUAUUUCACCAAGUUACAACACCUGAGCCGUGUUCACUGAGGCCGGUGUUGGAAAGUGCUUCUCUAUGUUGUAUAGAACAACAAUAGGAAGAAAAAGGAAAAGAAUCUGGAAAAAUAUAUAUAUGCAAAUAGGAAAUAAAAACAUAUAGUAUAUAGAUGUUGGUGUACUCGGUGCUGGUAUAAGAAAUAGCAUUCAUAUAUGUAGAAAAGUAUCUGAUGCUAAAUGUACAUAGUGGUUUGUAGAAAAGAGUUUGAUAUUGUAGUGUCAAAUUAAAGAAUAAGAAUGGUGGUGAAUAUGAUGAUGAUGGGUAUUUAUAAUAUUCUCUUUGUUUGGUA